AAAAUAGGCACGAGAGUUUGACGUUGUUUCCGGGCAGUUAAAGAUGGCGGCUUUGUUAUUGAGGCAUGCGGGGAGGCAGUGUCUCCGGGGCCAGUUCUCGCCCAUCUUUAGCUUGAAGCAUGCAGUUCCGAUGGGCACCACAGCACAGCAUGAAAUGGAACGGUUCUGGGCCAAAAAUACUAAUCUCAAUCGCCCGAUGUCUCCGCACAUCACAAUCUACAGGUGGUCUAUGCCGAUGAUGAUGUCCAUCACCCAUCGAGGCACCGGGGUUGCGAUGAGCGCUGGUGUGUCCCUGUUUGCGUUGGCCGCUCUUGCGCUUCCUGGAGACUAUGCUUCGUACCUGGAGCUGGUGAAGUCCCUCAGUCUUGGGCCAGCUCUGAUCUACUCUGCUAAAUUUACAUUGGCCUUCCCUCUUACGUACCACACCUGGAAUGGAGUCAGACAUCUGGCUUGGGACUUGGGCAAGGGGUUCAAAAUCCCUCAAGUAUAUCAAUCGGGAUACAUAGUAUUAGCACUUACCCUCCUGUCUUCUGCCGCCAUUGCUGCCAUGUGAUGGAACAUACCCUGGCCCCGUACCCUCCUGGAGAAUUUACCAAUCAUUAAUUGUACAAAGAGGAACAGCAUUUCUUAAUUUUGUCCCAUCAGAUCAAUUCUAUACAUCCAGUUGUCUU